CAGGGCACAAAGAGCACAUCGAUCGGCUCUGCUCGCUGCGCAUUUAACGUUAGCAAAGUGACCUGGGUUACAUUGACACAGCUCAUACAAGCUAUGUGAAGAUAAUGUUUAGUAAUCAUGGCAUUCAACCCGUAACUGUUGUUUUUAACAACACAAAAAACUGCUUCCUUCAUCUCUCCUCCAAGCUGAUAUCACAUCUUUCCUUGAGCGAAAACCAGGCUUUGGAGUUGUCCUGGGGUCAUGGAUCUCCAGUGUUCCUCAGCUGGACUCCAAACAGAAGCUCCUGCAGCCUGGACGGCCAUAAUGUGGAGCUGUGUCGACAACUGGGAGAAAAGCUUGGCCUCAGCGACGGAGAGCAGGGCUUCCUGAGGCCAUGCCACCAGGUCUCAUCUGUGCAUCAAGUGUUUGUGGAGCCAUUGUCAUCUGAUGACUGGGAAAUCUUGGAGCUCCACAGUGCUGCUCUGGAGCAGCAGCUACUGGACCAGAUCAGAGUUGUUUUUCAAGAUGCCGUGUUUCCUGUGUGGGUGGACGGCCACACUGCCAUCUACAUCCAAAUAGCAUCGCUUUCGCCAUCUGUGCCUUAUGGUCGCUUGGAGCAGUUCACAGAACUAGUGGUUUCUCCUAAGAUCCGCACUGGAAUGGAGCCCCUCAAUGGUUUUCCUGUGAAAAACCGCAAGAAACAGCAAAAUACAGAUCUUUCGAACUCCUCAGGACCAUCAUUAGAAAAUACCUCUCCCGUCCCUCAAAUCCACCAAUGCAUUGCUGACCUGAAGAGCCUGCUACGUUAUAUGGUAAAAGGCUCUUACGACCCAGUGACCAGGCUACCACCUCUACCGGACAUCCCUGCCCUCUUCACUGACUCUAUUUACAGAGUGUGCGGUGCACCUCCAGACUCCCGGUGCACUAUAAGCCAAAUCUCAACUGCUGUUAUUCAUUUAUUUCCUUGGAGCCAUGAGCUGAGUGUUGGGCUAACUGGAGACCAGUCACCGGUGACUUAUGGUCUGCUCUCCAAAGUUGUCUCUCCUAAAGAAUCAAGGGCCAGAGCCAAGCUGGCUAUGGAGAAAAAGAAGAAUGCAGGUCUGGUUAAAGUUGGUGGAGGAGAGGAGGUGAAAGAAGAUGAAGCUGCAGUGGUCAGGGUGGUGUGCCAUGACAGCGAGAAGCUGACACGGAAGGAAAGCAGUCACAGCAGGGGAGAGAUCCAUAGUGGAAGAGUAUGGAUCCCACAGCCGCUGGCCAUUAGGUUGAAUAUCAUCCAACAUUCAACUGUUCGAAUUAAGCCAGUCAUAUCAACUAUCAAAGUAGCCUCCGCUAUUUGUCUACAGCCUCUUACACCGCUGCUUGAGGAGGACGACGACGAGAUCAAGACAGCUUUCCUCGGUUGGCUCCACACUCAGAGCCAUGAACCAUUAGCCUGUCUGACUGCACGGUCUGGCACCAUCCUGCUACAAGGAACUGAUGCGGUGUUAGAGUUUGCGUUGACUAUACUGGAACCGGAACCAAAGAGUGAUCCUCCAGACCAGCUGUUUUCACUCGCAUCAGCGGUUAUUCUGAAGGAAAACAUAAAGGUUGACAGAGAGCCAGCGGCAUUCCCAGCUGUGAAUUCUGCUCCAACUCCCAAACCGGAACUUCCCUCACUUGAUAUUCUCGGUGGGAUUGAUGAGCUUAGUAGGACUGGAUUUGACUUCAUCUCCCACAGCCUCCUGGGUAGUCCCCUCUCAAGGGAGCUUGGUACAACUGGACGGGGACUUCAGGGAGGAGCUCUUCUCAUCACUGGUGCUAAGGGGAGUGGAAAGAGCACUCUAUCACAAGCCCUUUGUAGAAAAGCUAGAGAAGAUCUGGAUGCACAUGUUGAGUUGGUGGACUGCAAAAAACUACAAGGCAAAAGGGCAGAGACAGUGAGACAGACGCUGCAGGAUAUUUUUGAACAGGCGGAGUGGAAGCAGCCAUCCGUUGUCCUACUUGAUGACCUGGACCAUUUGUCCGGGGCACCAACCUCACCAGAGCAUGAGCAUGGCGCCGAGGCGCUGCUGCAACAGCUCAUUGCCCAGAGUCUGAUGGACGCUGUGGAUGAGGUGCUGGUUCACGGCAGUCUGGUGUGUCUGAUCAUCACCAGCCAGAGCGAGCAUUCCCUCCACCCCUCGCUGACCGAGAUGCAAGGGUCCCACUUCAUCCAGGGCUUUGUGCGCAUCCAGCCAUCAGACCAGGCUCAAAGAGCUGAAAUCCUGCACCGGCUGAUACUUAGAAAAAAAAGCAUAGUUGGUGAGACCUUACAGACUCUUAACCUGGCAGAUGUUGCCAAAGAGACAGAGGGAUACACGCCGCAAGACCUACUACUGCUGUUGGAGCGUGCCGUCCAUGCCAAUACUGUACAAGCAGGACACAGUGACCAGGGCGCGUGUCUGUCGUGGACGGACUUCGUGCAGGCUCUGAAGGGAUUCACGCCGCCCUCGCUGUGGGGCGUAGACCUCCACACCCCAAGUGGAGUUGGUCUGGAGAGGGUGGGGGGGCUGAGAGAAGUGCGACAGCAGCUAAUGGAUACCAUACUGCUCCCUGCUAAGUAUCCAAUCCUCUUCUCCAAUCUUCCAAUUCGCCAUCGCUCAGGAAUAUUGCUGUAUGGCGCUCCUGGUACAGGGAAGACCCUGCUGGCCAGGGCCAUGGCCAAAGACAGUGGAAUGAACUUCAUCAGCAUCAAGGGACCUGAACUCCUUAGUAAGUACAUUGGAGCUAGUGAGCAGGGAGUCCGUGACGUCUUCCAGAGGGCGCAAGCUGCCAAGCCAUGCAUUCUUUUCUUCGAUGAGUUUGAUUCUCUGGCUCCUAGAAGGGGCCACGACAGCACAGGUGUAACAGACCGUGUGGUCAACCAGCUCCUCACCGAGCUGGACGGGGUGGAGGGCCUGCAGGGCGUAUAUGUGCUCGCAGCAACGAGCCGCCCCGAUCUGAUAGACCCGGCCCUGCUGAGGCCUGGACGCCUGGACAAGUCCCUUCACUGCCCCCCUCCUGACCUGGAAGCUCGUGCAGAGAUCCUGAAGGCUCUGAGCGCCGGCAUGGCCCUGGCCGCCGACGUGGACCUCGAGCAGCUGGCAGCGGCGACGGAGCAGUUUACCGGUGCAGACCUCAAGGCCCUGCUCUACAAUGCACAGCUGGAAGCCGUCCACGACAGCAUGGGCUCUGGCUCACCACAUGAGCGGAGCUCCGGCUCCGACAGCGACUUGAGCCUGUCCUCCAUGAUCUUCCCAAACAACAGCAGCGGCUCAGAUGAUUCAGUCGGGGAGGGGGACACAGGUGUGGGGCUGGACCAGUCCAUGAUUCUCCCGGAACCCAGUGAGCUCCAAGCAGAAGACGGACCACAUUAUGGCAAUGUUUGGAGAAUCUACUUCGGAAGCUCAUUCGAGUCGGAGUUGGAGAGUUUACCGAUCUCAGGGCUGAACUCUCGUUGCGUUUCUGGAACGAACUCCAUAAACCACGACUUAACAAGGGCAUCGGGCCGGGAGGCUGGACGCUCACUCACCCCGGCCUACAUGCCCUCCCUUCAGAGCGGGUACAAAGAGCUCGGCCCGGAGCAGCUGGAUCGCCUACAACAAGACAUUAACAACAUCAAAAACAACUACAGGAGCGCCAACGAGGCCUGUGUGCGCGUGCACUCGGUCUGCAGCCAGCCAGGCCUGCUGCUGUGUCGGGCUCACGUGCACGCCGCGCUGGCCGUGACGAGGCCGUCUCUCAGCAAAGCCGACUGCAACAGAUACACAAAACUGUAUGAAGCCUUUGACCGUGUAGAAGAUGGAAAAUCUCUUAAUCCAACUACAUUUAAACCUGGACAACGUGUGACUUUAGCUUGAUCAGAUGGGCUGGCUUUACACACAUAUUUGAUUUAAUAAAAUCAGCAAUGCAUUAGUAAUUUAACAGUGCGGUUUAAUAGCCCUAGAGCUCUAGAUAAUGUAAAUGAAUAUAGUAUUGCCUAUUGACUUGAUUCUGAGGGAGAUGGUUAUCUACUUAUAAUGUAAUCUGUAUAAAUGUACAAUACCAGGGGAUAAUUUAUGUAAUUGUCAAAAUAAAAUUGUUUCCAAAAGUC